CUUCUCCCCUACUCCAUGUCAGAUUACAACACAACCCACUUCACCAAUCCCUCCACCUUCAUCCUUCUGGGCAUUCCUGGCCUGGAGGCGGCCCAUGUCUGGAUCUCCAUCCCCUUCUGCACCAUGUACGUCAUAGCUGUCUUGGGGAACUUCACCAUCCUGUUCAUUGUGAAGGUGGAACCAAGCCUCCAUGGGCCCAUGUACUAUUUCCUCUGCAUACUGGCUGUCACCGACCUGGUCCUGUCCACAUCCACCCUGCCUAAAAUGCUGAGCAUCUUCUGGUUCAAUUCCAGGGAGAUCGAUUUCAGUGCCUGCCUCACCCAGAUGUAUUUCAUUCUCAUCUCAUCUGUGUUGGAGUCUGGGAUUCUCGUAGCCAUGGCUCUGGAUCGCUACGUGGCCAUCUGCCAUCCCCUGAGACAUUCCACCACCCUGACAAACACCCUGGUGGCCAAAAUUGGCCUGGCCGUGCUGCUCCGUGGCAUCAUAGUCAUACUGCCCUUUCCCAUCCUAGCGAGGCUGUGGCCAUAUUGCAGAACCAACAUCAUCCCCCAGCCGUACUGCGCACACAUAGCUGUGGUGAGCCUGGCCUGUGCCGACACCCGUGUUAGUAGUUACUACGGCCUCUCUGUGUUAUUGUUUGUGAUGGGUCUGGAUGGGAUUUUUAUUGCCGUGUCUUACACCCAGAUCCUCAGGGUCAUCUUCAGCCUCCCCACAAAAGAUACGCGGGUCAAGACUUUGGGGACCUGCGGCUCCCACCUUUUUGUCAUUUUAGCCUUUUACAUCCCAAGUCUCAUCAUGUCCCUCAUGCACAGAUUUGCCCAAAAUGUGCCCCUGCAUUUCCACGUUCUCAUUGCCAAUGUGUACCUCUUGAGCCCCCCCAUGUUAAACCCCAUCAUCUAUGGGGUGAGGACGAAACAGAUCCGGGACAGGCUGCUCCGGCUCUUUACUCAUAAAGGGACCUAA